CAACUCAGCAAGUCAUGGACGUAUAGUAACUGACUCGUUUCCAUUCAGUUAAUUCGAAAAAAGGAGCGACUCGUCAGGCGAUGGGAGGGGCGACUGGAGGGAAGGCCGCGCAUGCCCAGCCUCUCGCCGCCGGCGAUCGUCGGUGCGUUGGAGGGCGGUUUUGGGCUCUCGCGGAUGCGGAGGAGGACGACGCGGACGGAGAGGCGGACGCUCCGCCAUCACCGCCGUCGCCGACUCCGUCGGAUCACGUCAAUGACUGGUUCAAUGCCAGUUACUCGGAGGAGGAGGUUGCGUCCGCGAUCGACGACGUUCUUCCUAUCCAUGAUCCGGCCAGAGUGGGGCUUGACGCGGGCGAGAAGAGGGAGAUGGUUCGCCGGAUAGUUCACCGAAGAACCUCGUCGGCGGCGGUCAAGCCGUGGAAAGGCCCUCUUCCAAAGGUUGUAUUCCGGGCUACUGCGCUAAUCCGUAUGUGGUCAUUACUCACUCCGACGGAGGCCAGGGCGCGUUUGGUUACUGGAUCUGUCCGGUGGGAGAUGGUAGCGCGGGAUAUCUUCAACCGGUUUGGAUGGCGGCCAUGUAAUAGGAUAGGCGAUUAGUUUACCUAUCUCUCUAUAUUAUGCCAGCCGGUUGUGGCUUCUCGACCUUGUUUUAUUUCACUAGCUCUUUGUGAGCCAGCCUCCAUUGUUGCAGCACAUUGCAAGACAUUGUUGAAUACUUUAUCUAUUUAUAAAUGUGACCGUAUGCAUCACUCAGAUGCAGAGGCCGGGGAGUCCCCCUU